AAAAAAGAUAGAAGAAAUUGAUAGAGAAUUGAAAUGGGUGAGUGAUAGUAGGAACAAAAUUGACUUAACUUUGAGUUGCUUCAAGUUGCUUUGUGGCUGAUAUGCAAGUCUAGAGGUAGCAAUUUGAAAAUCAUAGUAAGAUUGAAGGUGGCUGAGGGAGAGGAAGACGGAGAGUUAGAUUAGGGGAUUGAUGGUGAUUGAGGGAAACUAAGACGAAGAGUUAGAUUAGAGGAUUGAUAGUGGUUGAGGAAGAAGAAGAUGAAGAGUUAGAUUAGGGAGUUUUAAUAUAGACAAGAUUUAGAGAUUCAUGAGUUUAUGGUUCUCAAAAUCAUUAUUCACAACCACAUCUUGUUGCUGCUUCACCAAAUUUUCUAAUCCAUGUCAAGUUCUUGUACAAUGUAAGGGAGGUUGCCAUUUUUCAGCACUUUCCAAUAAAAAUCAACCAUUUUGCUCAUCUUUUCUUCUUUGAUUUGAAUUGGGUUAACUCAAAUCCUUUAGGGUUUUCAAUUUUGGGAAUUUUCUGUAGUUUUCCUCCUUGGUUUUGCCCUAGUGCCACAAAAUCCGAUUCCUUUUGCUAGAAAUUCUAACAACAUGACCUUACAAUAGUGUUUUGCCUAUGAGGCUUUCUAUAGAUAUUGAAUUAAGUUCAUUCUUAAUUCUGUAGAAAGUUAAGAGACAGCCUUACAACUUUUCUAUUGGACAUUUAACCGAGUUAAGUUGUUUUCAAGGUGAAAACUCUGUUGCAAGUUUGAUUCUCAUUGAUUGACUUAAUUGGUAGUCCAACCUUCUGUUAGUAUUUUGACCAUAACUUUCUCUGUAGAUAUCAGAUUAAGAUGAUUCUUGAGCCUGCAGAAUACUAAGACAUAGGGUAAGGUAAGUAAAAUUAUGGUUCUAAUUCACCUCAAGUGCCUUGAGUUCUUAAAUUCUUUGCAUGUUAUAUACCUACAAGGUGAGAUAAGUAAAAUUAUGGUAAAUGCCCUUAGAUUUUAAGGUAAAAGGUUUUAAAAACAUAAUUUUGAACUAGUUUUGAAGUGGUGGCCGAACUAAACCCGUUUUACACAAAAACAAGCAUGAUUGGUUUAAAAUGAAGUUGUUAUCAUUUAUUGAUUUGAGCAUGCCUACUUGGAGUUUACUAAACUGUUCUGAUAACCUAAAUUGAUUUGUAAAUUAUGGAUUUGUAAAUUAUGGAUUUUCUUAUAACUCCUGCUUGGUUUACUCUUCAAUAUAGUCAUGUUUUAUUGUGCCAGCUAAUGGGAGGGUUAUAAAUGCUAGAACAUGUCAACAUGUAUUCCUGAAAACUGGUUUGUCCUAUUAUUCCUACCAGUGGAAUAAUAUACUGGUUAUUACUGUGCCCACUAGUGGGAGGUUUAUAAACGCUGGCCAUGACCUAUAAAGGAGACGUCUAUUUCAUUCUCGUACUUGUACUCGUUUUUUUUUUCUUGAUACUUAAUUACACUUGUUGGCAUGCUAUAACUUUAAUUAAGGGCUAUCUAUAUUUUUACUUACUAAGUCAUGUCACAUAGUUUUUCCUUGUCCACCAUUUUAGGUAGUGAAACUCAAGACAUAGAAAACCAAGGGGAGUGAUGAGCUAAAAGGCUAGCCACUUGUUCUUUGGAUUUUGAUUAUUUUAGAGUUAGGCCAUUGGUCAAAUUAUUUUGGACAUAGAGUUGUAUAAAUUUCAUGCACUCUUGGCCUAGUAAAGUUUGGAUUAUAAAAACUAGAUUUUAUUUCAAGAUUUGGAUCUUAGUUAGUGGACUGUUAGACAUGAAUUAAGUAAAUUUUGAGCCUUGUGCAUUUGUGGGAUCUUUCACAAGUGUAUGGCGUCUAUUUUGCUCCCGAUUUUGGGGUGUGAUAGUAGUGAACAAUUUUUAGGUGAAACCCAAAAACAUGAACCUUAUGCUCUUUCAAAAGCUUGAUCAUAUAAAGAUCGAGGUAAUGG